AUGCAAGUAACAUGGGGUGCUCUGUAUGCAAGUGCGACUACUCCUGCUACUUCCAGGUUGCCAGGAGUUGGCCUGGGUGCUGCUGCUUCAGAACUCCAGCCUGCCCUUGCCCGCGCCUGUCCAGUGCCGCACCUUAAGCAACCUCCGGCUGCCCUGUCGCCGGAUGCCACCAUCGCUCAACGUCUCCGUGCAGCGUGCAUCCUGCCCCAUCUCGAUCCUAAGUGGUCAGCAAGACGGCCAAGCAAAGGUCCAGUUCUGUUCGAGGUCCCAGGUGUGAAAGCGAGAGGUUCAAACGGCACCGUCAACGACUGGUUAUUCCUCCUCCGACAGCUGCCCACUCGCUCACCCGUCCGUCGCCCGACGACGCCCUCUAAACCCCUAGUCAUUCUUCGUCUUCCUCAGUUCACAGACUGCUGA